UCCAUCUAGCGCGGUGAAGCACGACAAUCUAGACCAUGGCUCCCGUAUCAAUCGACGAUCUUAUCGCUUCCCUCAAGGGAAAUGGCAUUGGGCAGGAAGCUUCAGAUCUUGAAGCAGUAAAGGCGCACCUUUCUCAAACCCUUGGCUCAAAUGCAUCCCAAAACGGGUAUACCCCGACCCACACGAGCAACACCCCGCAGGGGACGCCGGUGGCCACACAUCCUCCAAUGGGCGUACCGUGGGACACGCGUGGAAUGAGCGCCAGUGCGAGAAGACAUCGCAGUCAGAGCCGCGGGUUCGAUAUGGCGAUCGACGAGGCAGAGGAACCAGCGGAGAGAACCACACCUCGUGUGGAUACCGAGCGAUGGAGGUCCCCACAGAGAAAGGCGAUGCAUUCUCCCCAAGAAUCCUUUUCUGGCCAUGGGUUCCCGUCCCUGUCCCCCAUCUCGUCAACCGCUCCCCCACUCUCUCCACCCGCGUCCCCAACUCGCCACAUACACCAUCACCCCAUGCCGAUACCGACAAACAGCAGUCCGUACUCGCAUGGUCCUCACCCGUAUGCCCAUGCACACGCGCACGGACAUGGGCAUGACACGGGUUAUGCAGCCGCUCAAGAUCCAUUUCUUCAGCAGAUGCAGCAAGCUCAGGGAGGGCCAACCUAUUAUGGUCAGUUCUUCCCUCAAUCUCCACCUAUGGACGCAUGCCCUCCAACCAUGAACCCCAUCCCUGGUUGGAACCCGGCCGGACAGUGGCAGAGUGGCUAUCCCCAACCAGUCCAGGCCAGGGAAGAUACAAGGCGAUGAUCCACUCGCUGGCAUCACCAUCGAUCCCUUUCCUCUCCGGUUCCUCGGUCUCGUUCCUUGCCUGGGCUUCUCGAUUCUCUCACACGCACUCCUCUGACGAUCACGGCUCUCACUCAAUUCUCACUCGCACCACGCUUCUUCUCUGUAUCAUUACCAGGGCCGCUGCUCCCAAACUGGGCCAGCAUUCCUUCUCAACAUUCGAUAUUUCCUGCCGCCCACCACCCUCUUCCACGCCAGCCAAUAUUAUUUCGCAAUCCCUCGCCUAUGCUUGCAAAUCCACUCCCCAGCUCGAUCAUGCCACACGCUCUCAGUCAGUGCCCAAGUCUCGGCCUUACAAUCCCCCGCCCGAGGACUCGGUCAAUGCCCCAAGCAAGUACUAAGCCGACGGCCGGCCGAGUUCGGAACGCCUCCCCAUGCGGCGGUCCGGUCCGAUAACGGUGCGGGCGCUCUGAUUUGCUCAUUUGGCCCCGUUUGGCUUUCAUACUCCGCCGUCUUGAGCACAGCCACCCCCACACAUGUCACCCCCAAAAGCCCUUGAUCGUAGCUUGGCUCUGCAAGGGUCACCUCCGCCAGCCCGACGUUCCUCCACCUUUGACAAGCCCUGGGAAGGGACCAAGGCGGAUGACUCGCUGCGGCAGGUCUAAUUCUGGCCUGACCGACAACCCUGGGCGGCCGAAGGCAUAAUGAACUUGGCUUCUCUCCUUCGCCCCGGCCCGCGAGAGCACCCCCACCCUUGGUAUCGAGGGUUGGCGCUCAGGCGAAGGCCGAGUGACCGGCGCGAUGACCGUUCAGCAUUGUCGGUUGAUAUGUUGAUGCGUACAUUGGAUCACGUUGCGCGUUCUGAAUGGUCACCGCCGGGGAAGUGAUGGUCGACCGAAUUCACUGACAAGCUUAGGCAAUCGGCACGGCUGUGCAGACAUUCAAUCACGGCGAAGCGCAAAAGGAAGACUGGCGGACGUGAGCCCUCCUACCCCACACCUUCUACUUCUCGGUCCCGCGGCGCCCUCAUGCAAAAAUCACGACACCCACAAUCCUCUUCUUCUGUUUCUCAUGUAACUAUCUCCGUCGCCCGAUGACGACUGCACUCCAAGUCACACACCCUUCAUUCUCCUCUUGGUAUAUCCUGUUUUCAGUGUUCAGUAUUCAGUGUUCAGUUCAUCAGUCAGCUUCAUCUCUCAGAUGCCCAAUCUUAACGCCUAUCAUGUCUUGGACUACUUGUAUUCUGCAC